AUGUGUUCCAGUCGGGGUAUAUGCGGUGACAACGGCCGUCCCAACAGAUCCUCCAGCUCAAGGAGCUCUGGUUCAGGCGCCCACUAUGCCCUGUGUGCCCUUGGAGUGGGCCUCAUUGCCCUUGGCAUUGUCAUGAUUGUUUGGACUGUGAUACCUGGAGGGGAUUCAGGUGCCUCUCCAAAGCCAUCAGGCAACUCCACAGGACCUAAUAACAACGGUGGUGAUAAUAAUUCAGGAGCAACAAAGACCCCAACAGUGGCCAUGGUGCUUGUUGGAGUUGGGGCAGUGAUGUUGAUCUUAGCCAUUGGCCUUGGUUUAAAGAGCAAGAAGAGAGCUCAGGAUAGAAGGAGUGAGCCUGUGACCACAGGAGUCCCCUUUAUGACUCAGAUACCAGAGGAGCCUCAGCCCGACCCAACUACGUACAACGUGCCAACCUAUGAGGAAGUCGUCAGCAGCAGUGAGUACCCUGUGCGUCAGAGUAACCUUCGGCAGAGCACCUCUCACCUGCCGUCCUACGAGGACAUCAUAGCUGCGGUGGAAAACGAGGGAACAGAGCCCGCUAACAACACGACUGACGAAACCCCUGUUAAUGAUCAACCUGCAGCCGCUGAGCCUCCAUCUGAACCCGCUGGCCUUACAUCUAACCCCAGUAUGCCAACCCGCAGUGCUAGUCGGGCCAGCCGUUUGCUCCGGCCCCUCCGAGUGAGAAGAAUCAAAUCUGACAAACUGCACCUGAAGGACUUCCGCCUUCAAAUCCGCACCCCCACACAGAACCCAGUAACCAUUGAACCCAUCACUCCUCCUCCACAGUAUGAAGAUAAGAUGCCUGAAUUUAAGUAG